UAUAGUAAUUUCAACCCCCUAGACACACAUGGCAACAGUCCACAGUUAGCCGAGGAGCCCUAAGGCAGCAGGCAGAAUUGCAGGGAGGAGACGAGCAGCGAGUGCCGAGACAGCCUGCGUCACACACACACACACACACGCACGGCCUUGAGUGUGUCACGGAAGGUGAAUGUGGUUUCCAGUGCAAUGAUUCGUUUAUUUUAGCUUUAGUGAAGACUUUGUAAGCCGAACUGGGGCGGCAUUACGGUGGCCAAGCCUUGCUGUGGGCGGCAGCAGGGCGGGCCGAGGCUGGAGCGAAUAUGUGGAGUGUGAGGGCUGUGGUGGAGAGUGUGGUGGAGCACGGCAAACGGGCUCUCCACCAGGUGCGCCGCAGACAGGCUCCCCGCCACCACCCCUUCCAGCGGCAGCAGGACUCGCAGCACAAGCUGAGCAAGGGUGUGAGGGAGGGGGCAGGAGAGGCGGCGGCUGUUGGGUGUGUGGCUGGCCGGGCGGGAGUAGUAGCUAGUCGCCUGCGCCCCUUCACCACCCAACUCAUCCAGAGCAUCUUCCGGAGGGUCCCGGCACCCCUCUGGACAGAAGCACGACGCCGCACCACUCAGCGACUUGUGUUUGGGGCCAGUGCACCUUACUUUGCUCUCGUGGGAGUGACCCUGGUGGGCGGCUCCCAUGGCCUGGUGACUCGUGAUGAUGAACUAGAGGCUCUGUGUGGCACUGUGCGAGAGGCCAUUACUCGGGCUGGCUGGCUGCACAAUCCAGAGUUCUGGCAGUCACAUAAGGAGGCCUCACAACAACAGGUAGAAGAGCAACAUCAAAAGAAAUAUGAGGAGCAGGAACUGAAUGGGGACAAUGAACAUGCAUUCUCUCUGACAGACUUUGACUUGGGACCAGUCAUUGACAAAGGUUGUAAUGCUGUAGUGUACACUGCCAGGUGGAAGACUGAUGAAAGCAGCAAUCCUCCCAGCCACACUCACCAGGAAGGAAAAGAAGAGGAUGACGAGCCAUCCUCCUACAGUUUUGCCAUCAGGGAGGUGGUGCAAGGUCUUCCUCUCCCACAGGGGUCUGUGAAUGGAUAUGAGGCAUCCACCUUUCUGCAACCCCAAGAUCAAAUUGAGCCCACUGGGGCUGAGCUUGUUACAGAGGAACAUGAGGAAGCACAGACACCUGCAGAAAAAUGUGAAUCUCUGGGAGCUGUUGCUAGGACUCUUACUACACCCUCUGGCCCUUAUGAGGAUGCUCAGCAAGAGAAAGAUGUGCAGGUAGAAGCAGCAGGGACUCAGCAUGAUGAGUUUCCACUCGCCAUAAAGAUGAUGUUCAACUAUGAGGCUGAGUCCAAUGCUCCUGCCAUCCUGAAGGCCAUGUACAAGGAGAUCCUGCCAGCUCGGAGUGUGCAGCUCGACCCAGCACAGCAAGAGUGGCAGGAGAGACUGUGUGGACCACGGGUAUGCCUGCCACCUCAUCCCAACAUAGUGGAUAUGCCAUGUGUGUUUGUGGAUCGAGUGCCACUGCUGGAGGGCUGUCUUGACCUCUACCCACACGCUCUUCCAACUCGACUGAACCCUCAAGGAUAUGGGCGCAACAUGAGUCUCUUCUGUGUCAUGAAACGGUAUGACAUCAGCUUGAGAGAGUACCUACAAAAGUACCAUCCUUCCCAGCACACUUGCCUGCUGCUGCUCACCCAGCUCCUGGAGGCACUGCUCCAUCUUCGAAGCAACAACAUAGCACACAGAGACCUGAAGUCAGACAACAUCCUACUCUCCUUAGUGGAGGGAUGGCAGUACCCUCUUCUGGUUGUGUCUGACUUCGGUUGCAGCCUUGUUGGUGACAACCCAAGCCUCUCUGUGCCCUUCCCCAGCAGAGAGGCUGAUCCUCGCCAGGGUAACUCAGCACUCAUGGCACCUGAGGUAAAAACAGCCAUGCCAGGGCUGCUUUCCUCAGUUUUCUUUGGCCAAAGUGACCUGUGGGCUGCUGGCACACUCAUUUAUGAGAUAUAUGGCCUAGACAACCCCUUCUCUCCUGCUGCUCUUGCUUCACAUAGAAGACCAAAGCAGCUGGAUUCAGCCACCUACAAGGAGUCUCACCUGCCCCGCCUACCUCGCAGUGCCCCACCUUGGAUACGGCACCUCACUGCUGACAUCCUGCGCCGUAACCCUCGUGCACGGCCAACUGUCAAUGUUGCAGCAACAUUGUGCCAGCUGAUGUUGUGGGCACCCAGCAAAUGGCUAAGUCGGCAUUCCCUUUCCCUUCCUACCCAUACUGAGGUCACUCAGUGGCUGCUGUGCCUGGCAACCAAAGUACUGUGUGAGGCCAGGCUUCCUCAUGCCCAUGCCUCCCAAAAGCAAGAGAGGAAGAGAAAUGUAGGACUUGAAGGAAAUGCAGACCAUCAAGGGAGCCAGCUGGAAUACCAACUGGUAUCCACUUUCUUGGGGAGAGUUCAUUAUGUGGACAUAAUACAGGCCAUCAAGUGGAACAGAGCUUUUUGAGGAUAUUUAGUAUCUCAGAAGUAUGUAACUUUAUCCAUAUCUUGUCCAGUUGUCAUUGCUGAGUUUGUCAAGGCUCAUGUUCCAUAGGAUUCUUGGCAGUUGUAGUUGAGCACAAAAAGAAAGCUGCAUAGCCAAUGUAUAAUCAAGGAUACAUUAAAUUUCUUGAUACAUAUGACAUGUACUCAUCAGAUAGACAUUUUCUUAAUAUGGAUGUCUUAGGUCACUUAGCCAUCCAGGUUCAAGAAAGUUACAGGUGUCUCAUCCAAACUUUGUAAGCAUACAAACAAAAUUUCCAGGCUGUUUCCAGUCAAAAAUCAAAAACAUUCUGUGAGAUAAUUUUGUGACUGCAUCCAAGCGUGUACUCAUAAGUAAUCAUUUCAUCACCACGAAAUGUUUUAUUUUCUAGGAACUUCCAUAUAUGUAUUUUGAGGGGGAUUGUCACUCUUUAGUGAAUGCAUCAUCAAAUAGGAUAUUUGAGCACAAAAAGAUAGAAACUUUUCUGAAAGCUGCAUAGCCAAUGUAUAAUCAAGGCCACUGCAGUAAUAUUCUCAUUCAUUGACUUCCUAAAAUUAACUGAAAUUUGGAUAGGAAACAUUGUUUUCAUUCCACACUAAAGUUGAAAGCCACUGGAAAACUGUGAACAAAAUUUGAAAAAAAGUUUCUUGAUGUGUACGAGUUAUUAGAAACAAAUUUCAGUAAAGUCUUGUGCUUCAUGAAGAUCAAUACCAAACCCUAUUUGAGGCAUUGUGAUACUGGAUUCGUUGAUAAUAGUUAAAAUUUAUACUCAUAAAUAUUAAUAGUUAAAAUUUAUAAAUAAUAUAUAUAGACUUUCAGUGGCAUUGAUUUGGAAGGAAACAAUUAUUGAAGCUUAGCUUUGAACAUUGCUGUGUCAGUGGACCAUUGGGUUUAAGUGAUACAAUCCAUCCAUAACAGAUUGAGAUGUCUGCUACCAGCUUUUCAGUGAGGAUUAAAAAUAAAUUAAAGUAUGUAUCACAGUGUAGUGUGUAGCUGUUCAAUGAUGCUUCUUAGCGAGCUGUAUACGUAGUAUAUUUGUAUGCUUCAUCAUCCAAAUCCUAUUGUAUAGUGAUGUGGAGAGCAACAUUGCCUUGCUAUUGCAGAUUGGUGUCAUACACAAUAGUAGCAUGUGACACUAUAGUCAUAAAAAAUGUCCUUUUCAAAAUCAAACACCAGCAAUUUGGCUUUACAUAUAUGGAUUGCCUAUAAUUUCUUCAUUCUACUUAAAAAAAUAAAGUGGUUCAGUCCAUUGAAAAACCAAAACUAGUUCCUAAUUAUUAUUGGUAGUGUAAUGUCUGGUAGUGUAAUGUCUGGUAAUAUUAACUAUUGGCUUAUUCAUGACUGGCUCAGAUAUUUAGUUUGAGGUUUUCCCCCAUUUUAUUCCUUUUUAAAAAAAGACUGCCCAGCUAAUUAAAGUAGAAUCCUGUGCUACCCAAAUGCUAUGGAUGGGAAAACACUAUUCACAAUGCAAAAAUGCACAUAAUAAUAUCAGGAAUUGAAGUUGAUAAAUGUUAGCCCUGGCAUAUCUUGGCUAAAAUAUUAAGCUGGAGGUGUUGAAAACUAGUGUAGUCAACUUAGUCAUCACAAUCAUUCAACAAGGAUUUUUGUGAAAAUAUAAUAAUUUGAUUAGUACUAACCAUCACAAAUAUAGGAAGACAUGAUCAUGUGAUUAAGAGUUAGCUUGUAAAUAGGGAUAUGGUCAAGCCUGGGAGUUGCUGAAAAACUCUAUGCAGACCAAGCAAAUGUACUGUCUUUUCCCUGCAGUGCUGCUGCUGAGGAAAGAGCCAAUGCAACUGCUUAGCAUUGUGGGCAUGAUUUAAUUGUUCUGAUUUUUGCCUAUUUUUGCUAUUUUAAAUAUUUUACAAUAAAAAAUAUGGGUGUUUGGGUUUCACUAAUAUGGGGUUCUACUAUAGUUACCAUGAUAAUUAUCAAAUGGGCACUACUCAAAUGUUACCAGUGGUUUCCUUGUACUGUAGUGAUUGUCAUUGUGGCCAAUACCUUGGGAUGGUUGUGUUUCACUAAUUGCAGCCACAUGCAUAAAGUCAGACAUUAAAAUUUUGAAGUGCCUGAAGUAGGAAACUGUGAUGAAUUGUACAGUAUCUCUCUCUCUCUCUCUCUCUCUCUCUCUCUCUCUCUCUCUCUCUCUCUCUCUCUCUCUCUCUCUCUCUAUAUAUAUAUAUAUAUAUAUAUUUAGAUAUGAAAAUAAAGUAUAUACAUAAUG